CUAUCGCCCUCUACUGUUUUUGUUUGGCGACGGUCACCAUGGAGACGGGAUGCAAAUAAUCUGCGCGAAGCAGCUGUGUCCUCCAUUUUGUAAACUUCGUCUGGAAAGAAGCGGGUGUGAUUUCUGUGGUUCCCAGUCUUUCCCGACCGAUUUCGGUAACAUCUGUGGUCGUUAAGCACAGUUUUCUUGUUGAAGAAUGCCUGGAAGUUCGGUUGGUUCGGCCUCGUCGCUGGGAAGCGCGGGCUCCAGACGGGCGGCGAGCAGGCGCUACAGGACCGUCAAUCCUGGUGGCUCCACCGUGGACGAAACUCUCUUUGGCUCCACGAAGAAAACACAGCAGACCAAUGGCAGAGGUGGUGGGUCACCGUUUGAGGAAGAACUGCAAACUGAUCGAAGGCUGUCCUCAGGUAACAACAAGAGUAAGAAGGCGGGGAGGGAGACCAUUCAGGUCAUCACUAAGGACCUCAUAAGGAACCUGAUAGUCCCCAUGGAGGACCCCUCCGGACAGUCCAUUAUACUACAUCAGGGAGAGUUUGCAAGGAUCAAGUCUGCUGCCCGUGUCUUGACCAAGGAAGAACGCGAGAGGUUGGAGGAGAUGAGGAAGAGGGAGAAGGAGGAGGCCAUAGAUGCCUGUGCUCAACGGAAGACCUUCAUGAAGGUCAAGGACCUUGACCGCAAGCAGAACGAGAAGCUGAAUGACCUGGAGGAGGAGGCCCAGGAACAGGCGCAGUACUUGUUGGAGAAGGCCAAGAAACAGCAGGAGGAACAAGAAGACGAGAUCAAGGCGCUGAACGAGUUGAUCCUCAACGCCAAGUGUCACGCCAUCCGUGACGCCCAGAUCCUGGAGAAAGGGGUGAUCCAGAAGGAGUUGACUGAGGAGGAGAAGAGGCUGGAUCUCAUGAUGGAGGUGGAUAGGGUCAAUGACCUGAAGCUACAGGAGGAGAUCACGUUGCGACGUAAGCAGGAGAGGCUGAUCGGCAAACAGCAGAUCAUCGACCAGAUUCAGCAGAACGAGGAGGAUAGGCUGCUGGACCAGGAGAAGAAGGACCAGGAGGCUCGGCAGAUGCUGCAGUACCUGGAGAAGCUGCAGAUGGAGGAUCUGAAGGAGCUGGAGCGGAAACGGCUGCAGCAGCUGGACAUCCAAGUCGAGAUCCAACGAGCCAAUCAGGAGGCUGACGACAUGAGGGCCAAAAAAGCGGAGCAGGAGAGACUUGCUGACCAGAAGGUUAUUGAGUACCAGAAGCAGAGAGCACAGAGGGAGGCAGAGUACGAGGCGGAGCAGGAGCGCAUCAAGAAGGAGAAGGAGAAGGAAGUGGCACGUCUGCGAGCCUUGCAGGAACGUGCUAAAGAUCUCCAGGCAGAGAAGGAUGCACUGCGAGCCAAACGGAACCAGGAGCAGGCCGAGCGCGAGUGGCGGAAGAAGGAGAGAGAGGAGGCUCGUCUGAAGGCAGAGAUGGAGGAAUUGUUGAAGAGAGCUCGAGAAGACCAGGUCAUGAGUAAAGAACACUUCCUGGCAGUCCAGGCACAGCGAGAGAGGUCGGAGUUCGAACGCGUGCUGCGGGUUCCCGAAAAGUACUGUGCGGAGGUUGAGCGGAAAAUCAACCAACCAGCAGGACUUGAGAAGUUCAUUCUGUAGAUUGCAAAUGUUCCAAUGUUCAGUUAGACUUUAGGAAAUAUUUGAUGGUAUUUCUCAACAGUGAGGCAGAGAUGCUGAAAACUUUAAGAGCUGUUUUGCAGCCUAAUUCACAAUUCAAAAGCUGUGACCUUGUACAGUGUAACUGUAUUAUAUUACAUCACCAUGUAUAUUUGUUUUGCAAUGUACCUGACAUAGCAAAAGAGUUUUGAAUGAACUCUUGCACUUUGGGAAACCAGAAGCAAAAUUCUAUGGAAAAAGAAUCAAUUAAAUGGUUUUCAUUUAGAUAUGAGAAUUCUGCCAAAUGGUGACCCUUUGUUACAACAAUUGUUGAUGUAUAUGUAAAUAGGAUAUUUUCAUAAGAAAUAACAGGUUUCUUUUAGAAGUACUUUGGUUGUAUUCACAAUGUAACGACAAGACAUACAUGCACAGAAAUGAUAUAACUAUCACGUCAUACUGGUCUUACAUGUGGCAUGUGACAGUUUGGUUUAAAAUAAAAAUGUAUCAGUUGGUCAAUA